ACCUCCUAGACUCUCCGCUCACAAAGCACAAGCGCUCCUGUAUGCGGUGGUGGUGGUGUGGAACAUGGAUAGACACCGCACGAUUGGGAGCAGGUCUCGUUCACGUUCUCCUGUUGUAAGAAAGCGUCCGACGAAGAAUAGGGACGAUGAGGAAGGAAGAGCCAAGCACCGCCGGGAGAGAUCAUCAUCUUCAUCACCAUCAGAGAGUGAUGUAAGACGCAGGAGACACAAGAAAAGGAGUAUGCGGACUGGGUUAAGAAGCAAGAGUAGAUCUUACUCUCCUGAGAACAGGAAAAAAGGACAUUCAUGCAAGAGAACAGAAAGGAAGAGGAGGGGUGAGAGGGAAUCUAGGUCGGCCUCAUUUUCACCCAAAAGGACUGACAUGCCACCAAGAUCUCGACAUGCAGGCGAUGGUGGCUCUAGUGAAUUCACCAAGGAACAAGAAAAACAACUGCGAGAGGAGAAGAGG